AUGUCUGAGCAAGGCAAUGCGCGAAUCAAACAAGCCGAGAGCUAUAUGGAUAAAUUCAAGAAGCAGGUGCCCGGUAUGAAGGAUGGGGAUGGUGAACUAUGCGAUGACAUGGUCAAUGGAUGUAAGACAUUUAGAGGAGCUUUCUGUUGGUAUCCGAAAAUCCUCUUCAAAUAG